GCCAGGCGCCCGUUGUCAUGGUGAUGGAAUCAACCCGCGACGGCUGCGGGUGGGCGGCGACGCGCGCGUUGUGAAAAAUGUUCUGUCGGCGACUCGCAGGGGGUGGAAUGUGACCGUUGGUGGGGGACGGGACGGGACGGGACGGGACGCGGCGCCAACCGCCGUGAGGCCGGGCCGAUGCCGGGCCGCAAAUCCUCCAAGGAAAAGAAGCGGCGCCGCUCCCGUUCCAGCGGCCUAGACGGGGGCUCGGGCGCGGGGAGCACCGAGGGGAAGCGGCGAAGUACCGAGUCCAGUUACAGCCCCUUGGAGGAAAUAAAAUGUACUGUGCCAUCUGCAGAAAAAGAGGAGUUAGCUGAAGAGCACAGCGACAUAGAAGAAGGUGGACUAGACCUCAGUGUGUCACUAAAACCAGUUAGUUUCUACAUUGCAGACAAAAAAGAAAUGCUUCAUCAGUGCUUCUGUGUCAUAGGGGAGACGAAACUGCAGAAAAUGCUGCCUGAUGUUUUGAAGAAUUGUUCCAUGGAGGAAAUCAAAAGGCUUUGCCUGGAUCAGUUAGAACUUCUAUCUGAGAAAAAACUCCUGAAGAUUCUUGAAGGUGAGACUGGUGCUGACUCUGAUACUGAUGAAGAUGCAGACCGUGGUGGAAAUAAGAGCGGAGUUGAAUCAAUCAGUCAACAAGACAACAAUGUAGAUUCUACUUCUUCUCUGAGGGAAGAUAGCAAACUGGAAGGCCUGGAGUCAAAACAAGGCAAGGGAGAAGAUAGUGAUGUCCUCAGCAUAAAUGCAGAUGCAUAUGAUAGUGACAUAGAAGGCCCAUGCAAUGAAGAGGAGAGUCCAGAUGUGCCAGAAAGUGCUGUCAGAAGUGGAGCUGGUCAGAUAGAUGACCUUCAGAAGGACAUUGAGAAAAGCGUGAAUGAGAUACUGGGGUUGGCAGAAUCAAGCCCAAAGGAGUCUAAAGCAGCAAACUUGGCUGUUGCUCCAGCAGAAGAUGUUCAGCCAUCAGCACAGCAGCUGGAGCUCCUGGAGCUUGAGAUGAGGGCCAGGGCUAUUAAGGCUCUGAUGAAGGCUGGCGAUGUAAAAAAAUAGCCCUAAGCUUGCUUCAUUUUAAUAUUUUUUAUUUUUGAAGGGUGUGAUGUCUGUUCUCUUCAGUGCUACAGUGCAUUUGGAUUGGGCAUGACAUUCCUCAUUCAAACCCUUUUGCGUAUCCUGACCUUAAAUUGUUGAUAGUUGGUUUUCAUUGCCUCUGGCAUGCUGCUUCUGUGACUUAUACAAAUGGAUUGGUUUGACACUGCACUAGAUCAGUGUCUCUUUUUGCUGGGUUAUCACUUGACAUGAAUUGGGAAGAAGUCAUAGAUCUAUGCCAGGGUCCUGGGUGCCUUUAAUAAAGGUUAAACUAACAUUGUAGGUUCUUCAUAAUUCCUGUAGUUAGCAAUUAAACUGCUAAUUUGUUUGGUUUUUUUUUUCCUCCUGAAUUUGUUAGCAAUUUAAGUAACUUGAUUUCCAUGUGCUUCUUAAAAAGGUACUAUUCUGAAGAGGUCUUCUGUAGCGUGACAGUGCUCAUAUCUGCUUGCAACACUCUGAUAUGAUUUGAGAUGUUUAUUUCUCAUUGGGCCCCAGCUUUUAGGAAUAUAAAUGAACUAGUUAAAAUUGAAUGAUGAUUUACUUUGGGAGAUUAACAGCAUGCUUAAUUUUUAGAGAGCUAAAAUUGCUAAGAAGAAUUUUUUUCAGUAAGCAAUCUAAGUUAAUUAUUGUUAGAGAAAGUAAUUCCAGUGACAAACUAUGCUAGUAGGUGUUUUUAUACUGCUGGUCAUUUUAUUUGGCUAGUCUCCUCCCACAGUUAUUUUAUCAUGUACAUCUCAGCUGAAAACAGGAAAAUGAAUGCUUUAUUUCUCUUAUUGUGAGAUUUUGUUAAUUCAGCACAUCAUCUUGUAAGAUUGGAUAAUGCAGCGAUCAGAAACUUAAAAAAAUUCUGAUUUUGAGCUCCAGUUUUUGAUAUUUAACUGAUUUCAUCUUUUCAGCUACCCUGUAAAUAGCUUUCUAGAAAGACGGUGUAAUUUAUUUUUAUGCAUUUUUGUAAGGAUUCAAAAAUCAUAAACUCAUUCUUCAUUUUAAGGAUGUUUCUUUAGAAAUAAUUGCUUUUAUACAACUUGUUUUCCUAUAAUUUGGUAACUGCAACAAAUUAAUUUUGAAUGUUUAGAAGUGGUGCUAUUUUUAUAAUUGAAAGUAUAUUUAAAAGAAACUUUUGAUUUUGUCACAUCCCAGGUGUGAGUCUAAUUCUUGUUAAAUCUUGUUAAAUAAAAUAAAUGGUUCAUUA